ACUAACGAACUAAACCGGUUUACAACCUUGGUUAAAAGAACCACGUAAAAAAACAACCCUAGCAACUAGCAAGCAAGGAGCCGCAUUUCCCCCUUCUCGUAGGUCGCAAGUCUCUUCCUCAGCAGACGCCAGACGGAGCCCCAACACAAAAUCUCGUAACACCAAAAGGCAGGAAGCCGAAAGCUUUUCAAGACGGCAAAAAUGGAGGUGGAAACAGUAGUCAACAAUGUCAUCUGCCAAUUCACUGACCCUGAAGGGAACUCUCUUGGACCUCCUCUGUACCUGCCACAGAACGCUGGCCCUCCUCAGCUUCAACAAAUCGUUAACGAGCUUCUAAAGAAUGAAGAGAAGCUCCCAUAUGCUUUUUACAUAUCGAACCAGGAGCUUGUGGUGGCUCUGGAAACCUACCUAGAAAAAAACAAAGUUUCUGUGGAGAAGGUACUGCCCAUAGUUUACCAGCCGCAAGCUGUCUUCAGAAUCCGUCCAGUUAAUCGUUGUUCGGCUACCAUUGCUGGCCACUCUGAAGCUGUACUUUCAGUCGCCUUCAGUCCCGAUGGACGGUAUUUGGCUAGUGGCUCUGGAGAUACCACUGUCCGCCUUUGGGAUCUUAAUACUCAGACCCCUAUGUUUACUUGCACAGGACACAAGAACUGGGUUCUCUGCAUAGCAUGGUCACCUGAUGGUAAGCAUCUUGUAAGUGGGAGCAAGGCUGGAGAGCUUCAGUGUUGGGAUCCUCGAACAGGAAAGCCAUCAGGCAAUCCACUUUCGGGCCACAAGAAAUGGAUUACUGGCAUCUCCUGGGAACCAUUGCACUUGAACUCUCCAUGCUCUCGGUUUGUUACUGCUAGCAAAGAUGGUGAUGCACGGAUAUGGGAUACAACAUUGCAUAGAAGUGUUAUCUGUCUUAGUGGACACAAGCUUGCUGUGACUUGCGUAAAGUGGGGUGGAGAUGGAAUAAUUUAUACUGGCUCCCAGGACUGUACUAUCAAAAUGUGGGAAACUACCCAAGGGAAGCUAAUUCGUGAGCUGAAGGUAACAUCACUCUUUGCUGAUACGGAUGCUAUGUCGGAUAGAGGAAUGCCAUCACUCUUUGCUGAUUACGUUCUUGCAAUGGGUCAUGGCCAUUGGGUUAACUCACUUGCAUUGAGUACCGAAUAUGUGCUUCGAACAGGAGCUUAUGAUCAUACUGGGAGAACAUACUCGUCACCCGAGGAAAUGAAAAAGGUUGCUUUAGAAAGAUACAACAAAAUGAAAGGCAACGCCUCUGAAAGGCUCGUCUCAGGUUCUGAUGAUUUCACCAUGUUCCUCUGGGAACCUGCUACUAGCAAACACCCUAAAACUCGUAUGACAGGUCAUCAACAGCUUGUAAAUCAUGUUUAUUUUUCACCUGAUGGCCAAUGGGUGGCUAGUGCAUCUUUCGACAAGUCUGUUAAGUUGUGGAACGGCAUCACAGGGCAAUUUGUUGCGUCUUUUAGAGGCCAUGUUGGUCCUGUUUAUCAAAUCAGCUGGUCUGCUGACAGUAGGCUUCUACUGAGCGGGAGCAAGGACUCGACGCUGAAGAUAUGGGAUAUACGCACCCGGAAGUUGAAGCAAGAUCUUCCAGGCCACGAGGAUGAGGUAUUUGCUGUUGAUUGGAGUCCCGAUGGUGAGAAAGUAGCUUCAGGAGGUAAGGACCGCGUACUGAAAUUAUGGAUGGGCUAGCAAAUGGAACACCAAAAUAAGCAAAAGCCUGCAACUUGACGUGGUUGAACGUUGAAGAUAGAGAAGUUAUAGUGAUCCCGCCUUUCAGUGGCUAGCAAUUUUGGGGGUAAGUGCAAGUUAUUGCCUUCAGCUAAUAGCUCGCGAACAAGCAAUCUCCGAAAACCACAAGUGGUGAGAGCCCUUUUCUCACUGGUGCUGCAGUAAAGCCAGUAGUGCAGCCAUUGCAGUGAUUUGCUGAUGUGUGAAAUCGUGUUUCUGGUAUUACUGUGUCAAGUGUCGUGUUUUUGGAGGCAAGUCACCUGACCUGAAUUCCCUCUUGCAUCAAGGAUGAACAAGGCGAGAUGGAAAACCUGUUGAUACUUUGUUUUUCGAGUUUGAUCUGUAGAUAAGAAAGGUGAUUCUGUAUCUGGAUCGCAUGAUUUUGCUUUUAUUUCCUCGAGCACAAUGUGAGUUAUUUGAUGCUACUUAAAUGAAAAGGCCCAUAAAACUGCUUUUACCCCAA